AUGCUUGCUUAUAACUUACAACUUACAACUUACAACUUACAACUUACAACUUACAACUUACAAGAAGGCUCCUUCCUUAGCCAGAAGGGAGGCUCCUCCGAUAAGAGGAAAACAGAGGAGCAGAAGCCAAAAGAGCAAAGACCGAAAGCCAGUGAGAACAAACCUGUUAUGACAGAGUGACAGAAGCUUGGUUAUAAGAAUGAAUUAGGGACAUAGGUUGUUGUAUUGGUCCUAUGCGUAUUUGUUAUGUGUCGCCAGUCACUGGUAAUUGUAAUAGUGAUUAGGGUUGAUAAUCAAGACCUUGUGAGUUGUGAUGGAGACAAUUUAAUGAACUGAGAAGUUAGUUUUGUUUGAAA